GCCCCGCCUUGUUGGCCGAUUCCGCUGUGCCCUGUUCCCCAUUGGCCAGCUAAGCCGUCAGUCGGCGCUGGGCGCGGGAGGAGGGCAGAGGGGCCCUCGGCACGGUGUAGCAGUCCCGACAGCUGCUGUCCCUGUCCCGCGGUCGGGCCCGGUCGCCCCUCCGCGCCGCCGCCAUGAGCUCCGCCCCUGCCUAGCCCCGCCCGGCGGCCGCCCUCUGCUCCGGCUCCCGCUCGGACUCCAGCUCGGGCUCCGGCUCGCCCCGCCGCACGCCAGCAGCAGCAGCAGCGCCGCGCCCCGCGGCCGGCCGGCGAGGAUGAAGGUGACCGUGGACUUCGAGGAGUGUCUGAAGGACUCGCCGCGCUUCAGGGCUGCUUUAGAAGAAGUAGAAGGAGAUGUGACGGAAUUGGAACUGAAGCUUGACAAGCUGGUGAAGCUUUGUAUUGCAAUGAUUGAUACUGGGAAAGCAUUCUGUACAGCCAACAAGCAGUUCAUGAAUGGAAUUCGAGACCUUGCACAAUAUUCGAUUAAAGAUGCGUUGGUUGAGACUAGCUUGACAAAGUUUUCUGAUACCUUACAGGAAAUGAUCAAUUAUCACAAUAUCCUGUUUGACCAAACCCAAAGAUCAAUUAAAGCACAACUUCAGAGUUUUGUUAAAGAAGAUAUUAGGAAAUUUAAAGAUGCAAAGAAACAGUUUGAGAAAGUUAGUGAAGAAAAAGAGAAUGCUCUAGUGAAAAAUGCCCAAGUGCAAAGAAAUAAGCAGCACGAGGUAGAGGAGGCGACCAAUAUUUUGACUGCAACACGGAAAUGUUUUCGGCACAUAGCUCUGGAUUAUGUUCUUCAGAUCAAUGUUCUUCAGUCUAAAAGGAGAUCAGAAAUCUUAAAAUCGAUGUUAUCAUUUAUGUAUGCUCAUCUGGCUUUUUUCCAUCAAGGCUAUGAUCUCUUCAGUGAGCUUGGGCCCUACAUGAAAGAUCUUGGUGCACAGCUGGAUCAGUUGGCUGUAGAUGCUGCAAAGGAGAAGAGAGAUAUGGAGCAAAAACACUCCACUAUUCAACAAAAGGAUUACUCCAGUGAUGAUACUAAAUUAGAAUACAAUGUAGAUGCAGCCAAUGGUAUUGUUAUGGAAGGUUAUCUAUUUAAGCGAGCCAGCAAUGCCUUCAAGACUUGGAACAGGAAAAAGCCAGAUCACAUCAGGCGCUGGUUUUCAAUACAAAAUAACCAACUUGUGUACCAGAAGAAAUUUAAGGACAAUCCCACGGUAGUUGUUGAAGAUUUGCGGCUUUGCACAGUUAAACACUGUGAAGACAUAGAAAGACGUUUCUGUUUUGAGGUGGUUUCACCAACAAAAAGCUGCAUGCUUCAGGCUGACUCAGAAAAGCUGCGGCAGGCAUGGAUUAAGGCUGUUCAGACCAGUAUUGCUACAGCAUAUAGAGAGAAAGGGGAUGAAUCUGAGAAACAGGAAAAGAAAUCAUCCCCUUCUACUGGAAGCCUAGAAUCUGGCAGUGAGACAAAAGAGAAGUUGUUAAAGGGAGAAAGUGCUCUACAACGGGUUCAGUGUAUUCCUGGUAAUGCUGCCUGCUGUGAUUGUGGUUUGGCAGAUCCUCGCUGGGCCAGUAUCAACCUAGGAAUCACGCUGUGCAUUGAGUGCUCUGGUAUACACAGGAGCCUAGGAGUCCACUUUUCAAAAGUAAGAUCUUUAACGCUGGAUUCAUGGGAACCUGAACUUCUAAAGCUUAUGUGUGAAUUGGGAAAUGAUGUUAUAAAUAGAAUAUAUGAAGCGAAGUUGGAAAAAGUGGGAGUAAAGAAGCCGCAAUCUGGAAGCCAAAGGCAGGAGAAAGAGGCGUACAUCAGAGCAAAAUAUGUGGAAAGAAAGUUUGUAGAGAAGCAGCUUGCAGCAGUACCUGUGCUUGAAUCUGGAACAAAAGUUUUACCUCAAAGUCAGGAAGAGAAAAGGCACAGUAGCCCUGAAAAAUCCCUUUUGGCAGGUGAACAAGGUUCGACAUCCCAAAAAGUAAGAAGCAGUGACAGUGGGAUCCAUCAGAGUGCUGAUGACAGCAGAGAACACCUUGCCUCUACUAUAUCAGCUAACAGUUUGUAUGAACCAGAGGGAGACAAGCAAGAGUCUUCUGUGUUCUGUGACUCCAAACAGUUUAAUCCAGGAUUACAGCUUUAUCGAGCUGCCUUUGAGAAGAAUCUUCCCGAUAUGGCAGAAGCAUUGGCCCAUGGAGCUGAAGUAAACUGGGUUAAUACAGAAGAAAACAAAGCAACACCACUCAUUCAGGCUGUACGGGGGGGCUCGUUGGUUACUUGUGAAUUCUUACUGCAGAAUGGUGCCAAUGUGAACAACAGAGAUGUGAAAGGAAGAGGACCCCUGCACCAUGCCACGGUUCUGGGGCACACUGGACAAGUGUGUUUAUUCCUAAAACGAGGAGCAAACCAGCAUGCUACUGAUGAAGAUGGGAAAGAUCCAUUGAGUAUAGCUGUAGAAGCUGCAAAUGCAGAUAUUGUAACAUUGUUGCGUUUAGCAAGGAUGAAUGAAGAAAUGCGUGAAUCAGAAGGACUGUAUGGACAGCCAGGAGAUGAAAUUUAUCAGGACAUUUUUCGUGACUUUUCUCAAAUGGCAUCAAAUAAUCCAGAGAAGCUAAACCGUUUCCAGCAGUCAGAUUCACCGAAGUCCUAAGUGUCAAGAAGGAAAAGAACCAAACCUGAUCCUUCUCUUAUAGUGCAAGGUUUUUUUUUUAAACUUUAACAGAAUGAAUUAUAUGCAUUUUGCUAGAUAUUUAAUAGUUUGGAUAAAUUGACCACUCUGAUGUAGCUUUAGACUGUGGUAGCUGGGGAAAUGUAUAAAGGUUGUUCUACAGUACAUAUACCUCAGCAGUUGAAAAUGCUUAAAAAAAAAGGAAUACAUGCUAGUAAGUUGGUCUGUGGCUCAUACAUGAAGUUAGCAGAACAUAACUGUAUGGGUUGCAGGCCCUGCAUGACAGAAUGAUCAGGUCAGCUUUGCUAAUGAGUAUCUGCUACCAUCAUCAGUCUCCCUGUUGCCAUAAAAAACAUGCUUCUGACCAGAAAGUCUAGCUUGUUUUUUCUCAGUCUGUUUGAAAGGGAAAUUGGAUAACUUACUGAAUCGUCCUUUGAUUUGUGAGCCCGUUACUUAUAAGAUCCUCUUGUUCCUACACUGAUUCUGGUUAGGAGUAGGCUGUUAAUAACAGGACAUAGUAACUUAAGCUCUUUUGCAAGCUCUUUUUUUUAGUGGAACCUUUGACACCAGGCUGGCCUUUACGCUAGUGACUGCGGGUCAGUCACAAUAGGUAUAUAUCUGGAAGGACCAAAUUUCUAAGAGCAGUCUAUCUUCCUUUUUUAAUUUCUUGCUGUGAAGAAAGUUUUCUUUUAGAUGAGCAUGUGGAGCCUUUCAUGAAAAAAAUAAAUUUGAUCCUACUGGCUAUGAUGUGGGGGUUUUCUUUCUUUUUUUUUUUUCCCCCCUCCUCCUCCAGUAUCUUGACACCAACAUUUGAAACUUGAGACAUAAAAGUAAAUAUUGAGCCCAAAGGGGUUUAGUCUAGAAUUGUCGUGUGACGGCUGUGUGUCACCUUUUCCCUUUGCUGUUCUCGGUAUUAGCCCAAAGCCAGCUACGUAUAAAAGCACACAUGUAAUGCAGUCAUCUUAAAUUUAGGCCAGUCCUUUACAUCACAGCAUGCUGUAAUAUAAUGUGCAAAGCUGUAUAUAGAUACAUGUUCUCUGAACUAAGGCGUGCAGAAGAAAAUCUGGGAAUUUCACUCUACGCUUUUUGCAAAGUAACAGAUGAGCAUAGUCCCCAGCGGUACGCUCAGGGCAGCAACCUAAGCUUUUCUCAGUAAGCUCCACUCUGCAGAUGUGCGUGCAUAAAUGAUGUCUGUAGAUACAUGUUCAUGCAUGAGAACACUUAGUAUCUAGAUAACAAUCUCCUGAAGCUACAUGCCAGCAGAUGCAACUCCUUAUGCUCUAUUUGUUUUGAGAAAUUAAGGAAAAUUUUGGGUAAUGUAAAAUCAAUGUGAAUUUUUUUUAUAAUCUUAUUAACCACGGCAGUAUGCUAGCCUGCUGUUUAAGUGUAUUUGGGAAAUGAGUUAGCUUUUUUUUCAAGCUGGCUAAGCAAAAAUGGGUAAAGAAUUUCUGUAAAUUAUGGUAAAAUUAAACUUUCUGGCAUGUUAAUUUUUAACAGUAUUUUAAAUAUUUAUCAUUUUGCAGCAAAUGUGUAAUAACGCAUCAAAUAUGGAUGAUUCUUGAUGCUGAGUUAAUAGCAUUUUAGAAGUAUUUUGAUAAAUCCUUUAUCCAAGUAGAAGAAUCUUACAAAACAGUCUUUGCUUUGUCUAUGGUCUAAUGAUGCUAAGAAAAGCAGUUUCUGCCCAUUUAGAAAAUGCAUUUAUUCUGAAUAGUAAAAAACUUAAUCUCAUCUGCAAGCAGUAACUUCUAAUAAGCUGUUUUCUUAAAUAGCUGUCUAUGAAAUGAUAGAGUAGUUCCUGAUCUGUAGUACUUAACAGCAGUAGAUCUUUAGUCAGUAGAUCUUAGAAAACAAAAUUCCCAGUGUACAGAUGGGACAAUGUAAGAUAUGGCUAUGUAUAGUAUACACUUUAGAUAUAUUUUCUAAAGAUUUGUGUCUUUUGCAGCCUAUGUGACAGGCAAUGUAUAAUGCAAUUGGCCGUAAUGUAAAGCUUCAAUGGCAUAAUCAUUUUCUCUCUCCAUGCUCAUGGGAAAACAUCUGAGACAUUUAUUUCCGACUUUCAUGUCAGAGACCACGGGCAGUGUUUGCUGUCCUAGCCCCUCGGAUCCCCUUGAAAAUUUUUGCACGAUGGCUUCCUGCAGCUUAAAAAUGUCUCUGUUGUAGCUCUGCAGAUCGUUCCCAGCUCUCGUGUGUGUGGGAAGCAGCGUUGGUCCGUUAAUGCUAAAUGACUAACACUUGAGCUGCGGGUUGUAUUACUCUUUUCAGGAGCUUUGGAGUUGCAAUGAUUCAAGCAGCAGGUGUGACACCUUUGAGCCUGCAGCCUCAUUCCCUGAUCCUUUUAGGUAUGCUGAGAUAUCCAGUAUAAAAUGCAUCUGGAUAAAGCAUUUUUCAGAUCAGGUGUAAUGCAUGUGUUAUGAUGUUACUCAUCAGCAAAUACAAAUAUGCCAUUAAGUUGUGUGAAAUGUAUUGAGGGUUUACUCCUGUCAGACACUGGCAGGUUCGGUGCUCCAGGGCCUCUGUGCUCUGCAGGAUUCAGCCCUCAGUAAUACAGAGCAUGUCCGAGUCCAAUGCGUUGAAGACUGGGAUUUGCCUGUCAAGUUCUGGAUCAAGUACUACUGUUCUGCUGAGCAGUAUUAGGAAACUUCUGGUUUUAUUACAGUAUGAAUCUGAAUAUAACUUGAAUUCUAGGUAGUAAGGCUCUGCUGUGUGUUAGCAACAUCUCGUACCAUGUACCAGAUAAUGGGAAGCUUCAGUUCCAGUUCAGGUUUGUCUGUAGGUGUGAAAUACAAUAGGUCACAGUCGGUGGGGUACAAAGCAGUAUAUUCUUAACAGAACUUAAAAUAAUGAGCAUUCAUAGGGAUUUUCAGUAACUUACUAUAUAAGCCACAAAAGGAUUUUAUUGUAUUCCUCCUCGUCAGGGUUAGAUCACGUGUUCCAAAAGUGUCUUAGAAAGACAAAUGUGUAAAAGCUCAACAUAUAUUUUAACAUCCUGAUUUCAGAGGUAUAUUUUACUUAUGUUGCAUGUUGAUUAAGAUGGCAGCUGUGUUGUCUCAUUACAGUGGUCUGUACAGUUUUGAUCGUUCGAUUAGGUUUCCUAUUUUAUGGAACGUUUUCCUACUUUGUAUCGGUACUGUGCAUAUAAACUUAGGUAUUUCUGAACUAUCUCACUGAGUAAUGCCACUGCAUUGUAUUCGACGUAUGGAAGCUAGUUCCCACUCUGCGUUUGGGUGACACAGCAGCGGGUAAGAGUCUCACUGUGCUUCCGCAAGCUGCACAUACUGCAGCUUGAACAUACGUUUCUGUUGUUCAUUAGUAUGUUGUAGACCUUAGCCUCUUUACCUAUUCUUUACCAAUUGGGACAAAAUCCAGCAACUCACUGAAAUCAGUGGCAGCCUUUCCGCUGGUUCCUGAGGCUUUGGAUUGUCCCCUUACUGGCUUAUAACCGUAGUGUGUUAAAGGAUCCUGUGCUGAUAUUGCAUUUUUCACUCCCUGGGGUUCUGUAUUUAACCUGUUUGUGUUCAGAGCUGAAAUAGCUUUAGAAAAGGAACCAGACUUUCCAGCUGCUGUCAGCAAAUCCCCCCCACCCGCAUAUAAAAGGCAGUUUCUCCUGUUUUGCAUUGGGCUGUCAGUACACAGCAUGUUGUCCCAAUUAUUAGAGUUCUUUGAUAGAGCAAAAGUUUUGCAGCACUAAGGGAAAAAAAGUGAGAAACGAGGGUCAGCAGAAGACUGGCUGUUUCAGAUGGCUGCGGAGAAGCAGCAAAAUCCCGUUUUAAAGAAUGCAUGUUAACUCUGCAUUUUAAUAAUAAUAAAAAAUCUCUAAAGGGCACAAUAAGUAUAAAAGGGCCAUCUGAUAGAAUUUAAAAUAACAUGUAAACACUCUAAGAACCAAAGGGAGUAAUAUUUUUUUACACUGUUAAAAUGAUUACACUAAUUCUUAAAUAUACUGAAUAUUUUAAAAGUCAGUUUUGAAAACUACCCUUCUGUCUGCUCCUACAGAUGGACACUUUUUUUUCCUAAACUAAAGUGUGCUUUGGUUUGUACCCCUUGUUUGUACAGCCCACCGUCGCGCUCCCUGUGAGCUUGCAAAAUGCACUUUUUUAAAAUGGGGGCAGACGGCUCCACAAGGGUAAAACUGGGGAAAAGGAUGAAAUUACCACUUUGGGAUAUGCCCUUUCUCGUGCUUCCCUUAUCUUUCUAUAGACAGUGUUUACUUGUUUCUCUUCCCAUGGAAGGAGAUGAUAGAGGAGGAAAAAGCCUGCUCACUUUUCUGUUAAAAUCCCCAAUUUCCCAUGUUGUGAUAGAAAUCACUGAGACGACAUUGUUUCCUCAAGCUGGAGCGUUAGUCUGUUUGAAAAAUAAACUUUUUUUUACUUACCUAUCUGUCCAUCUAUACUUGCUGUUUUUUAAACAUUCCCUCGCUAAAUGCUUAUGUUCUUGUGAAUUCCCCCCCUUAAGGCGUACCUGUAAAGAACAUAUAACCAGCCCUAGUUUGCAUUUAAUGGGUCUGUAGACUUUGUACCUACAACUUGAAUGUAGCUUUCUGUAGUUUGUUAUUGUAAAUGAGGAAAAAAAAAUUAUCUUUGUAGUUACUCAAUGUACAUUCUGUAAGGACUGUAAAUACUCUACUUGAUUAAAACUUUGUAUGCUGUGA